GUUUGUGAAUUUUUGAACGCAAAUGUCAUCGCGCGUGUGUUUUAGAAAAGAUGCAUUUUGUGAAAUAAAUAAUUAUUAGAAAUACAUAAUGCUUAUCCAGGAAUAUCUAUAAAAUAAUGUCGGGGGGUCUUAUAGAUAAAGUAUAUAUAGGUCCAGGUUUGGACAAUGCACCGGCCGCUUUCGACAUAAAAGGCCGAAUCCUUGGCCCCAAUGGAACUAAUUUAGAAUACAUCCGGUCAGAGACAGGGGUGGUAGCGUUGUUGAAAAAUGAUAAAUUCGAGCCUUUACAUUUGGCGUUGCAUCAUACGAGAUCCGAGGCUUUGACGGCUGCACGAUCAUUAGCGCAGAACCUGAUAGAGACUAUACGUGCAGAAUUAGCGCAAUGGACCGCUGCUCAGGCUGGUGCUCCCCCGCCGGCAAUGAAUGUGCCGCCUCCUACUUUGACGACGACAUCCGCUUCUUCGGCGCCGCUCCCUGUGCCGCCGCCAAUCGCUACCGUGUCAAUGUCGACUCCCCAAUCAACUAUCACGACGCCACAAUCAGUUAUUCCUCCAGUAGUCAGUGUAGCACCCGCAAGCACGCCUUUAAUGACUGUACGUCAGCCAACUGUCUUACAACUUCUUCAACCUCAACAACAAUAUGUUUUAAAUCAAGAAAACGGGCAGCUAAUUCCAAUUGUACAACCGGGUGUGCAGGUGUCAAAUACAAAUUUUACAUCUCUACCAAUCGGCCAGUCAUUGGGUAUUCAACAGCCAAACUUUGGCACUCAGUUAGUUGAUUUAUCAAGCAUGCAGCCCGUGAAUGUAACUCAGUUACGGUUGAGUGGUGUUCCGUCUUCCAUGUCAAUGAUAUUGCCAAACGGUUUUACAUUGCCACAAGCAAGCUUAGGUUCAGCAGACACAACUACUGUGAGUUCAGCAACCUCUACUCCAGUUGUAUGUGCAGCGCAAAGCACGAAUGCAUCUCAGAAGAUUCUGUACAGUUCAGAUAAAGGUGAUAAAGAAAUAAAGUACAUCCAGGGAGCUGACACAGUGCAAUGGACAGUUCCUGGCUCUCAGACCAUGUUGAUUCCGUACCAGCAAUUGCAGGACUUGACUUCCAAUCAGGCUGGUCUCGCCAGUUUACAACAUCAACCGUUUGUUUCUAUUGCUCCAGCGGGUGGCCUGCCACAGACCUCUCUGCCGCUCUCCGCAGCUCAGUUCCAACAACUUCAGGCUUCUGGCACCAUUAUGCAGCUAAACCAAAAGCCUAUAGUCAGCAGUGGGUCUUUGAUAAAUAUAAUAUCAACGGGACAAGCCUCGUCACCUCAGAUUAUUCCAAGUACGCCCACGCCCACGAAAAAUGUGAGUCACGAUCAAAGAGGUCAAAAGAGGCUAUCCGACGGGACGCCAAGUCAGUUGCAACUGCGACCCAUUGCGCCGGCAGGGUCGCAUGUUAGCCAGGAGAAGGCGGGGCGAGACGGCCGUACGUGGAACUCAUCAGUUAGAGACAAUACGGUGGUCAGUAUGGGCAUGAAGAUUAAUCCGGCUCACGGGACCAUCAUACACGUGUCUUCCGGACAGCAGACCAAUGUUUCGGCCUCUGGCAUAACCCAAGACGGAGCGGGUAUGUACAUACGUCAGAUAGACAGAAACGCGAUUCAGAUCCAAUCGAGCAAGGACGGGCAAAAACAAGACGUGACCAGUAAAGUGCAGGGCACGCAGAACGUGCAAAUGAUCACAGUCCCUCAGGGCAUGACCGUUCUUCAAAACCCUUUGAACAUCAGUCAAAUGCCUACAGUCAUAGGACAGCCUAACAGCCAAGUCUACAUGAUACCAACAAACCAUCCGAACUUAGUCCAAGGUGGGUUACCACCUGGGUUACUCGGCCAACAAGUUAUCCAAUCAGGUCAGAACGUCACGGUGAUGCAGCCGAACCAACUAGGAAUGCCUGGAGGAGUACAGUAUAACGUUCCUUUGAUGCCGGUCAAUAUGCCAGCGAAUUCCCAAUACAUGCCUACAGGAAUCAACUUGAACACCCAACUGUCUGCUCAGCAAAUAAACGCAGCGCUAGGACAACAGCUGGCCAAUCCUAAUCUAGCAGUUUCUGGAACUAUCCCUAUAGUUCAAGCGCCCCCUUCGUCUCCUAUGACCAAUCCAGCGCAAACCUUACCAGGGACUCCACCUGUACACCAGAUUGUCCAAAAUUCUUUCACUCCAACUUCGCAAUACACGGGAAUGCCGCCUCAAUACAUGAUGCAGCCUAACUCCAAUACGAUAUCAGUGCCAGCCAAUAAUACCAAUGUUCAAUACUCUUUACCAUCUAAUCAAAGCAGCAAUCCUGCUCCAAACAACGGCAAUGGGCAAUCGAAUACGACGGAACAGAACGAAGCCAACGGUAAUACGAAUCAGACCAACUAUAUCACAUCGUCUCAAGAAAAUUACAACAUGUCUGGAACGACCCCUGUUCAGAAUCCUCCGCCGCAGAAUUUCCCAGCAGACGGAGCCACCACUCAGCCUCCAGGGUUUAACCCUGCUAACCAAACCAGCCAACCAAAUUACGCAUCGAACGGUAGCAACCAAACUUACGUUAAUCAAACUCCGACCAGUCAAUCUUCAAGUUAUAACCCGAACUCUGCGAAUGGUUCUAACCCUCAAUCGAACCAGAACUAUGGGACCACCCCAGCUUCCAACACGCAAAAUCCGCCACAAGGAAACUUUUCACCGUCGACCACGCCGGCGCCAAAUCAGAAUUACCCAGCAACGAAUCUCCCUAACAUGCCCAAUGUGGCUUACCCUCCAAAUCAGAAUCCUCAAAACCCUUACCCGAAUGCUACCGGUCAAAAUUUGGCAGCUUAUGCAAACAAUCAGUAUCAAUACACCAGUAGGCCGUGGUUUAGACCCAGGUAUGGAUCACCACAAGGGUCUCCUUAUAGUUCCGGGGCAGGACCCCCUAACGGACCCCCUAUACCCCCCAUGGGCAACUAUAACUACUGGCAAGACAGUUGAGAGAUAAACAGUUUUGAGUGGACUUUCUCCAGUGAAAUGAAGUGAUUUAUCAUAGAAUAGUUAGAGUAAGGCUACUCGUAUAUAGGUUAAGUUAGAACAGAGACUGCUUUAAUUAAAGAGUACAUUUAUAAAAUGUAAAGAUGAUCAAAUAAAAUAUAACAUGACAUUCUUCUAUA